AUGGGGAUUUUAGGACUUUCAAAGUUGCUUUAUGACCGAUCGCCUUCCGCUAUUAGGGAGAGCGAGUUAAAUAAUUAUUUCGGUCGUCGUAUUGCCAUAGAUGCUUCCAUGACAAUUUAUCAAUUCCUUAUCGCGAUGAAAGGGUUUCAGGAUGGUCAAGGUGUGGAACUACGAAACGAAGAUGGAGAAGUUACUUCACACCUUAAUGGUCUCUUUGCUCGUACACUUCGUAUGGUGGAUGAGGGUUUAAAACCCAUAUACGUUUUUGAUGGUAAACCUCCGACACUAAAGGCAUCUGAGCUUCAAGCUCGACGCCAGAAGGCGGAAGAGGCGCAGCAGCAAUUCGAAAAUGCCAAAGAGGAAGGAAAUGAUGAGUUGAUGGAGAAGAUGGGUAAACGUACAGUACGUGUUUCGAAGGAGCAGAUGGAGGAGGCGAAGAAGUUGCUGCAACUCAUGGGAAUACCGGUGGUUCAAGCACCCUCUGAGGCGGAGGCACAAUGUGCGGAACUUGUAAAGAAGAAAAAGGCGUGGGCUGUUGGUACUGAAGAUAUGGAUGCCCUCACAUUUGGGGCACCCAUCAUGCUUCGACACCUGACCUACAGUGAGGCAAAGAAACGACCUAUUGCGGAGUAUCACCUUAGUGAGAUUCUCGCACACACAGAACUCACAAUGCCACAGUUUAUUGAUCUUUGUAUUCUCCUUGGCUGCGACUAUGUGCCGAAGAUCCCCGGUAUUGGCCCGCAGAAGGCAUGGGAGGGUAUAAAGAAAUAUGGAAGCAUUGAGGCACUUAUUGAAUCUCUCGACACGGCAAAGCACCCAGUACCGGAGGGCUUUGACUUUCAGGAGGCACGCCGGUUCUUUCUUGAGCCAGAGGUGACACCGGCAGAAGAAAUAGACAUUCAAUUUCGCGAACCAGAUGAAGAGGGACUUAUUCAGUUCCUUGUAACAGAGAAGCUGUUUAAAAAAGAGCGAGUCAUGAAGGGAAUUCAACGUCUCCGUGAUGCAUUAACGAAGAAAACACAAGGUCGACUUGAUCAAUUUUUCAGCAUAAGCAAACCAGCGCCAAAGCCCACAGCAGCGAGUACAACAGCUGGGGCUAAGAGGGGCCGUAGUGCCAUCACUUUGUCGGGAACCUUGCAACACAAAGGAACCAGCGGGCACAAGAAAGUUGUUAAAAAAUAG